UAUGGAGUAUAGACCCCCUAUGCAACCAAAUAGAGAAAUCCCUCAAUCCAUUUCGCAAAUUCAAUAGGAAUAAAGAAUGAAGUUCCAAUUACAACAGAUUCAAGCUAAGAUCAUUGAAGAAAGACCCAACUUCCAAGAAAUGCAAGGCGGACAACCUCCAAAUAAACCCUGGUUGGGAGAAGACAUCUACAUGGUUGUAUUUCUGCUCACUGUUGAAAAUGAUAGAUUGAGAGAAGAAAAUACUCACAUUUAGCAAUUAUUCAAUACGAGUGAAAUGAGAUUCAAGGGAGUAGAUUUAGUUGAAAAUGAAGUUAUAUCUCAAAGAGUCAAAAUAGGUGAAUACGAAAAGAAACUAGCCCUAUUGUAAAUGGAAUGUGAAUAAUGGAGAGUUAAAUAUUAAAAUAGAGAUAAGGAAAGUGAGGAUUAGAGAUAUCAAAAUGAACUUCAAAGAAGAAUUCAAGUGGACAGAGAAAUACGAGAACUUACAGCUAGAUUCAUAGCAGAUAGAAAUCAAUUAGAAUAAGAAAAUAGGUCAUUGAGAAUUGAAUUAGAUUAAAUUAAAUUGUCAAAAUAUGCUUUCGAGGACAACAAGAAAUAGUGUGAAUUCUUGUAAAAGGAAAAUCAGAGAUUGAAAUAAGAAUUAGAUACUUUAAGGUAUGCAAAACACAUUAUUAAUUUAAUAGGAAAGGCUUUGAUGAAUUAGAGUAUGUAUUGUAAAGUGCUGGAGAUUUAGAAUAAGAGAAUCAACAACUUAAAAUUCAAAUUGACACUCUUUAAAAGUAAAUCUAAUAAUUACAAUAACAACAAUCACAAAUUGUUCAAAGACCAUAAUCUUCGAAUAGAAUUGAACUAUGUAAUCAAUUACAUUAUUCACUCUAGCCAAUUCUAAUCAUAAUGUUCUGCAAGAAAACAGGAGAUUGAAAGAUGAAAAUGAUAGAUUAAGAACAUUACUCAAUCUAGGAACUGGAAGCUAUUCUAAACCAUUUAUGUGA